AUGUUAAAACCACAUCAAGUGUUGCUGCAUGAGUUUACUGAACUGAUAUUGAAUCAGAGAGUAGAGUAGAAACCAUCUAGUUUGAGACAUUCAAAUGUAUUAAAUUUAUGGUAGAUAAAAGGAAUAUGGGUGCAUGAGAAUUAAGAAUUAAGAUUACAGAAGAAAUGGAAUAUUAAGAUUCUAAUUGAAGUUUGGGUCUUAGAAGUAAUCAUAACAAGCAAGUAAUAGAACAACACUAAAAAGAUAAUUUAAGAUGAUUGAUUAGGAAUUUAAGAAAACACAACGGUUAGCUCUAAUCAAGGAGUAUUUUAGGAAUAUUGGCAAAUCUUCCACUUUCUUAAGAAAUCCCAUCCUUCAACAAGAACAUGAAGAUGCAUACAACAUUCAGAAUGGAUCAAUACUAUCACAUUUCCAAACUAUCAAUUGUUCAAGUAAAAACGUCGCUUACUUGUACAUUCAGGUCCACUACUAGAAGGAAAUUAUAUUCUCUCCUUAACCUAGAAUAGCAUAGAAACCAAUCAUCUAAAGAGAAAAAUUCAAAAUAGCUUUCAUAAAAAAACUAAAGCUUCUUCUCAAAUUGCAGAGACUCUUGAAUACUUUAAUUUAAUAAAUUAAACCGUAAAAUGCUAUCUAUUUAUAUAUAUAAAUUUAUUAAUAACUGAAUGAUCUUAGAUCUCACUUGCAAUAUUCAAAAAUGUUUUUUAUACAAGCAUGGUGAUUUUUAUUUCAUUAACAUUCACAAGCAUUCUCUUUGGCUAACCUGAUAAAUUAACUAAAGGUUUUGAUCCUGAUGGUAAUUUUCUUAAUUUAAUUUAGGUAUUGCAUGUGGUGCUGAUUUUGGUUCAAGAGAAUAUCCUUAUAUUUAUUUUAGCAAUCCAACUCCUACUACUCUUCAUUAAUCACUUUAUGUGAAAUCAUGUCCAAAGCCAGAUCACAAAAAUGGAAGUACAUAUUAAAUUCAAAUCCCUUAGUGCGUAAAAAAUGAGAAUGUUUAAUUUUUAUUGAUUUAUUUUUAUAUUAAAUUAGAAAAAUAUAAAUAUUAAUGAGAUAAUAAAAUAAAUUUUCUAAAUCACUUUACUUUUCUUUAUAAAGGCAAUAUUUGUAUGCCUAGAAAUUUAGCUUAUUACUUAGCAAUUAAAGAAAAAGCUAAUCCUCCUGCAAGAUUAACUAAUACUAGCGAUAUAUACUAAAAUAAAUGGAGGCUACUCAUUUUUAUAUUCCUUGCUGGUAUAUCAUCUAAACUUUUACUUACUUAAUUGAAAGCUAAUACUUAAUAUAGAGUUUGGGCUUUGAAUUUAGGAUUAUUUAUAUUUGUGGCAAGUCUUGGAGUUAUUUUUGCAUCCUAAAUGAGAGAUGCUAUUGCAAACUCAUCAGAUACUAGUUCAAUCUCUUCCUUUUAAGUUGAUGAAGAGUAUAUUUUGAAAAUGACAAAUAUUUCUGAUCCUUCUAAAUUGGCCAUUCUGUCAUUUAUAUAUUAUUAUACUAACCUAUUAUGGAGAGUAUUUUUUAUACAACAAUUAUGA